AUGAUGGAGGUCGAGUCCUCCUACUCGGACUUCAUCUCCUGUGACCGGACGGGCCGCCGGAACGCGGUCCCUGACAUCCAGGGAGACUCCGAGGCCGUGAGCGUGCGGAAGCUGGCUGGCGACAUGGGCGAGUUGGCCCUCGAGGGUGCAGAAGGACAGGCAGAGGUGGGCACCUCAGACAAGGAAGCCAGCAGCCAGCCCAAGAGCAGCGAUGGCACUGCCUCAUCUUGA